AAGCCUCCUGCAAAAGCUCCGAGGGCCGCGGGGCGCGCGUGGCUAGCGGCGGCGUCGCCUCGUGAUGACAUCGUCGCGAUGACGCGGCGCAGUGACGUGAACGCGGGCGCCCUUGUUUGGGAGCGCGGCCGGCGCGCCCGUUUUGAAGCUGCCGGGAGCAGCGCGGGCCGGACCGCGCCCCCUCCUCGGUCCCCGCGCCCCGCGAGUCCGCGCAGUUCCCGAGGCGCGGGCCCUGUUCCCCGCGCCGCGCCCCCUCAGCGGGCCGUGCUCGCAUCACCGAGGUCGGUCCGGGCCGGACCGAAGCCCCCGGGGCGGGGCGGGGCGCGGGCGUCCGGGGGCGCCCCGGGCCCAGCCCCCGCCAUGCCGCCCGGCAAAGUGCUGCAGCCGGUCCUGAAGAUGAAGGUGGACGAGCUGUUCCUGUACUGGCUCAGCGAGGCCAGCACGCAGCGGAUGCUGCAGGACUGCUUGCGCCGGAUCAAGGCGCCCGGGCGGGACCAGCCGACCGCGGGGGACGGGGAGCAGCCCGGGGCCUGGCCCACAGCCCCGCUCGCCGCCCCCAGGCCCAGCGGGCUCGAACCCCCGGGAACCCCCGGGCCGGGCCCUGCGCUGCCCCUGGGCGCCGCCUCCAGCCCCAGGAACGCGCCCCACGCUCGAGGCACCCGUAGAUCCGCAGGGACGAGAGUAGUUCAGACGCGGAAAGAAGAGCCUCUGCCCCCGGCUACGAGCCAAAGCAUUCCGACCUUCUACUUCCCCAGAGGACGCCCGCAGGACUCCGUCAACGUGGAUGCCGUCAUCAGCAAGAUCGAGAGCACCUUCGCCCGGUUCCCCCACGAGAGGGCCACCAUGGACGACAUGGGCCUGGUGGCCAAGGCCUGCGGCUGCCCCCUCUACUGGAAGGGGCCGCUCUUCUAUGGCGCCGGCGGGGAGCGCACGGGCUCCGUGUCCGUCCACAAGUUUGUCGCCAUGUGGAGAAAAAUCCUCCAGAACUGCCACGACGACGCGGCCAAGUUCGUCCAUCUGCUCAUGAGCCCCGGCUGCAACUACCUGGUGCAGGAGGACUUUGUCCCCUUCUUGCAGGACGUGGUGAACACGCACCCGGGGCUGUCGUUCCUGAAGGAGGCGUCCGAGUUCCACUCGCGCUACAUCACCACGGUCAUCCAGCGGAUCUUCUACGCCGUGAACCGGUCCUGGUCCGGCAGGAUCACCUGCGCCGAGCUGCGGAAGAGCUCCUUCCUGCAGAAUGUGGCGCUGCUGGAGGAGGAGGAGGACAUCAACCAGCUGACCGAAUUCUUCUCGUACGAGCAUUUCUACGUCAUCUACUGCAAGUUCUGGGAGCUGGACACGGACCACGACCUGCUCAUCGACGCGGACGACCUGGCGCGGCACAAUGACCACGCCAUUUCUACCAAGAUGAUAGACAGGAUCUUCUCAGGAGCAGUCACACGAGGCAGAAAAGUGCAGAAGGAAGGGAAGAUCAGCUAUGCCGACUUUGUCUGGUUUUUGAUCUCUGAGGAAGACAAAAAAACACCGACCAGCAUCGAGUACUGGUUCCGCUGCAUGGACCUGGACGGGGACGGCGCCCUGUCCAUGUUCGAGCUCGAGUACUUCUACGAGGAGCAGUGCCGAAGGCUGGACAGCAUGGCCAUCGAGGCCCUGCCCUUCCAGGACUGCCUCUGCCAGAUGCUGGACCUGGUCAAGCCGAGGACUGAAGGGAAGAUCACGCUGCAGGACCUGAAGCGCUGCAAGCUGGCCAACGUCUUCUUCGACACCUUCUUCAACAUCGAGAAGUACCUCGACCACGAGCAGAAAGAGCAGAUCUCCCUGCUCAGGGACGGUGACGGCGGCGGCCCCGAGCUCUCGGACUGGGAGAAGUACGCGGCCGAGGAGUACGACAUCCUAGUGGCCGAGGACACCGCGGGAGAGCCCUGGGAGGACGGGUUCGAGGCCGAGCUCAGCCCUGUGGAGCAGAAGCUGAGUGCGCUGCGGUCCCCGCUGGCCCAGAGGCCCUUCUUCGAGGCGCCCUCACCACUGGGCGCCGUGGACCUGUACGAGUACGCGUGCGGGGACGAGGCCCUGGAGCCACUGUGACACCACCCGCGAGAACGCCGCCGCGGGGCCGCUCCCCACGUGCCACCACCGGGACGCCGCGGCUCGUGUAAAAACUGCUGUGGAAAAUGAGUGCGUGUGUACGGAAUGAUAAAUUUUUAUUUAUUCACAGAAGCGUGUUGAUGGCCGCCGUGGGUUCGUGGCCGGACCUGCCCAGACCUCUGUGCCCGGGGGACACGUAGGGCCGCUCGUGAAUGGGACGGGUUCCCACACGGACACCCUCGGCACUUGCCGUUCCCGGCCUGGGUUCCGGGGCCUGCGUCUGUGGAAAGGGUCUGUGUGGGCACAACGGUGACCGGCGGCUCCCGGGCGCCUCUGGACGGGAGCCUCCGCCACAGGCUGUGUGAAUGUUUUGUGUAAACGUACAAAAGCGUUUCUGGCGAUCACGCUUGUAUGUUUGAAUGAACGUUUGGAGGAUUUUCAGCCAUGGGCUCGGCUCCCUCAGCCACAGCGUGGCUCCGUCCGGGAUUUACAAGUGUCGGUGCUGGAUGGGGACCGCGACCACGCCGGACGCCUCGGGGUGCAGCCUGGGCCUCUCUGCGGGGCCCCCUCCCCAGCCAGGGGGACCCCACCCUCGGGCCGUUCCCUCCCGGAGCCACGGACCCAGGCCCCGUUCCACAAACAACCCCAGAAGGAAGGAGCCCGCGCCAGAGUGGGGACGUCCACACCUGGGGGACACCUAAAUGAGGGGGUUCGGAGGCCCCACCAGGAGGAGCCCCGUGUGCAGGGGAGGCCACGAGCCCCCCCAGGGGCACCCAACACGGAUGAGCCCAGGCCCAGCUCUGCUCCCUCUGCAGGCAGGGGAGGGUCACAGGUGGUGACCAUGGGAACAACCCCCUGUCCUCACACAAGACAAAACGCUCCCCCAGGAAACGGAGGUGGCAGCGUCCACGCGGCAGGGCAGCCCUGUGCCCUUGGGGAGGGCAGGGCCAAGCCGGGACCACCCCGAGAGCAGCACACACACCCCGUUCAUCCACCGGCAGCCGUCGCUGUGAAGGAGAUGGACAGACAGGGUGGUCCCGUGACCCCUGAGGAGAGACUGCGGGGGCUCCAGGUGGUGGGUAGACGAGGCAGCACCUCCCAGGGGAAUGCCGCUGCCCCCAAGGUGUCCUCAGUGUCACCAGGUGCUCCCCUGAAUUCCCGGACGCCCCCACCUGGGUCUGCGAAGUGUCAGGACCCCCCCAACAAAAGGGCAGGUGCAGGGCAGGAGAGUCUGUGGCUGCCGCAGGGAAAUGACACUGGGAGCCACGGCCCGCAGGGCCCACCCUGCCCCGAGCUCCGGGGAGCCUGUCUGGGAGACCAUGUCCGCCCGCCCCCCCCACCACACACAACCUAUGAGCCGGAGCCCAUGGUCAUGGGAGGGGCCAGAAGUGGGGGGUUCACCUCUGACCGGCGCCUUCAGCCUCCCACAAUGACACUGGGAGCCCCCCAAUUAGGGUUCAAGGCUGGGACAUGAGAGGCCUCCCUGGGGCCGUGAAAGACAGCGUCCCCCACCCACGUCGCUGUUGAGGCCCCUGCACAGCCCCUGAGCAUCCUCCGACAUCCCUAUACCCACUGCAUUCCCCCAAGCGCCCCGUCCUUCCCCAGCCACAACCCCAGAUGCCCUGGGCAGUGCCGGGGCCAGGCGUGCACACCCACACCUUUGCCGGAGAAGUGGGGGGUCCUGUCGGGGGCCCUCGUGGACGGCGGCGCUGCGGGGAGGCCCAGAGCCCAGCAGUCGUGCCCUCCACCUGUUCUGGGGGUCCAUUCCCCCGAGAGCUCACGUGUGCAGGGGGCCAGGGACCCCACAAAACAAGCACUCGGGGCACCCUGACCGUGGCCAGCGUCCCGCCAGAAGCCGGGAUGUUCCACGGCUCGGCACCUCACCCUCUGUGAAUGACAAUCGUGGGUCCCCCGCAUUUCGUGGCCGUCACCCCUUGGAGAUCCCCGAGAAGGGACGCAGCCCACCCCUCCCCUCCCUCACGGGGUGCCAUCGUGUCAGACCCAAGAGUGUUCACAGGGGCAGCCCCAGGUUCACCCAGGAGCAGCAGCAUGAGCUCUGUUCCGGGAGGACCAGGAAAGGUGACGGCCACUCCCCAGCAAUGGUGCCAGCCACAGCCCUGAGGUCCCUGGGCACCUCCUCAUGGGACAAGACACAGCUGCUCAAGGUGCAGCAGGGGUGACGGGCGCCACAGGCUCCCAGCACCGGCACCAGACCGGCAUCCACAGCGCUGUCCUGAGGGGCGGCAGGGACGGGCACGGCAAGACAGGCUCCCCAGAAUAAGGGGACCCAGCCUGGUGGGGGGACGGGGCCUGGAGAGCCAUGAGACGGGGGAGACAGAGGAGAUGGAGAGAUGGGGGAGAACUGGGGGGCAUCGGAUACAGGGAUGAGGCAGAGCCGGACCCAGCCGUGGCCUG